AUGAACCUCUACUGCGGUGCGCAAAGCUACCAACACCCCGCGAAGCAAAACAAAAUUGCAUCGCAGAGGCAGUAUCGGGUCAAAGAGGGCGACGGGUUCCAAGAACUCAAAGACGUGAUUCGCUUAGUGACAGGGGAGACUCCCCAGACCAGGUGCGAAACCUUGAAGAAAGCUGCAGAACUCCUGCGGGAUUUAUCGAGAGAACAUGGGGAAAUUUCUAGGCAUGAGCCGCUCCCGCCCUUGAAAUACUCGUCAACAUCAGCCUAUGAAACUGACCAGGGGUCUCGUACGGCUUAUGGUACGCGUUUUCAGCUCGUCGAUGACAGGAUCUCAGAAAUCCCUAGAACCUCUUGUAAUUCCCAACAACGAGACGUGGACAAACGCCAUUGCAUCAAGGGCAAGAACAGUAGCCCAAUGUCAGACACAUCGGUGAUGAGCUCGAUUCUAGAGUAUGAAGGCCACCCUCAGACGGAGAUCCACCAUAUUGUCGGUGGUGAGGGCAACUGGAAUUUGGUCCAACCAACCCCUUCGCAAUUUCGACACAAUUCGUUCCCCGGGCAGUGGAAUGACAUGUCGCUCAUUCACUCGAACGUAGAUCGAGUCCCAUACUACUUAGAAAGGGUAGUAAAUUAG